UCUGAGUACGCAGGCGCGAGCGCAAGUCCUCUUUCCGGCAAAAUGGCGAUGGGCUUGGUGUGCGGACGCCGGGUGCUUCUGCGCCUGUUACGGCCACAGCGUCAGUUCCACAGCGUCGCAAGGCCCUCGCAUUGGCCGCGGAAACCACUGACCACGGGACUCCUCUUUCCAGCCGGCCGGUGCUGCGAGCGCCCGCACUAUGUUGUCCUCGCGGGCCCUGGCCCCCGGGGCCUCAGUACCUCCGUGAUCUUGUUUGCAGAAGCCCAGGUUCAGGCCCCUCCUGUCAUUCCUGCAACUCCCUCACCCACAGCAGUACCCGAGGUGGCUUCUGGAGAGACCGCAGAUGUAGUCCAAGCUGCUGCAGAACAGAGCUUCACUGAAUUGGGUCUGGGGUCAUACACCCCAGUGGGACUGAUUCAGAACUUACUGGAAUUUAUGCAUGUUAAUCUAGGCCUACCUUGGUGGGGGGCCAUUGCUGCAUGUACCAUCCUUGCCCGCUGCCUGGUGUUUCCUCUCAUCGUGAAGGGCCAGCGAGAAGCAGCCAAGAUCCACAACCACUUGCCAGAGAUCCAGAAGUUUUCCACUCGAAUGAGAGAGGCCAAGUUGGCAGGAGACCACGCUGAGUUUUACAAGGCCUCCUCGGAAAUGACAUUUUACCAGAAAAAGUAUGAUAUUAAACUCUUCAGACCUCUUAUUCUACCUCUGACUCAGGCCCCGAUCUUCAUCUCCUUCUUCAUUGCCUUGAGAGAAAUGGCCAACCUUCCUGUGCCCAGCCUGCAGACAGGUGGCCUCCUGUGGUUCCAGGAUCUCACACUAUCUGACCCCAUCUACGUAUUACCACUGGUAGUUACUGCUACAAUGUGGGGUGUCCUUGAGUUAGGUGCGGAGACUGGUGUGCAAAGUUCUGACCUUCAGUGGAUGAGAAACGUGAUCAGAGUGAUGCCCCUAGCGGUCUUGCCCAUAACUAUCCAUUUCCCCACGGCGGUGUUCAUGUACUGGCUCUCCUCCAAUAUGUUUUCCCUGGUCCAGGUGGCCUGCCUCCGGGUUCCAGCCGUGCGGACUAUACUUAAAAUCCCCCAGCGUGUUGUGCACGACCCCAGCAAAUUACCUCCACGGGAAGGUUUCGUAAAAAGCUUCAAAAGAGGGUGGAAGAACGCCGAACUGACACAUCAGCUCCAGGAGCGCGAACGACGCAUGCAGAAUCACUUGGAACUAGCCGCCAGGGGUCCCUUACGACAGACCUUUACCCACAACCCUCUGCUACAGCAUGGGAAGACUCAGCCUCCCAGCACCCCCAACAGCAGCAAUGCCAAGCCGAAGCAGCCCUGGCGUGACACGCUGGGCUGAAUUCCAUUCCUGCUCAGACUGGUAGGAGCUCUCUCUUCACACUCAGCCUCAGGACAGAUUUGACACACAGUCCUGGCCCCAGACCUAGAAACCGUGGGGUGCAGAGAUCUUCCUUUUCAAAGUGGAUGCCAUUACAGACUCUCCCACCUAAGUGUAAAAGAGCCCAGUGACCUUGCCAGCCACAGAAUUAGUAAAGCUCUGUACUCCAUGCUG